GUUUGUUUUCCUGUACAAAGAAAAGAACGGAAAAGCCUGUUGACUUGGAACCCAGUUAAAGUCUUUCAUGGUCUUUAUAUUUCAAAUGCUCAGCCAUGAGGUCACAGCAGGAUGUGAGGUUACACCAGGAUGUGAGGUCACUGCUGCAUUAGACAGAGAGGCGCCCGUCACACCUGCUUGUCCCGCCCCUCCUCUACUGUUCCUGCACAUUUUCCCCGUGACAUGUAUCAUAGACAUGUGUGGAGCACUCAUCUCCCUGGCAACGCCCCCACCAUGAAGGGGGCGUGGCCUCAUCAUUAAGUGGAAGCGGCUGGAUGGUCCCACCUACUUUUGUCAUUACACCCCUUGGUAUUACCCUUCUGGGAUUUCUGGAUUGUUCCUUGUCUCUGCGGUAUCACUAUGGCUUUAGGACCAACGCGGCUUGGUUGGGCUUCAUGGGGGCUCCUCCUCCUAACGAUGCAGCUUUCAUAUUGGCUCCCAUCCCUCUGUCACCGGGUGGAGCCUCUACCAACAGAAUACGCCCAUUCCAUCCGCUUGGAUGGUGACAUCAUCCUGGGCGGCCUGUUCCCUGUGCACGCCCGGGGGGAGCGUGGCGUUCCGUGUGGGGAGCUGAAGAAGGAGAAAGGGAUUCAUCGUCUGGAGGCGAUGCUCUUCGCCAUCGACCUCAUCAACAAGGACCCCGAGCUGCUACCCAACGUGACCCUGGGCGCCCGCAUCCUGGACACCUGCUCGCGUGACACCUACGCACUGGAGCAGUCGCUCACCUUCGUCCAGGCGCUGAUCGAACGUGACGGCUCCGACGUGCGCUGCGCCAACGGAGACCCGCCCGUCUUCACCAAGCCUGACAAGAUCGUGGGCGUGAUCGGCGCCUCCGCGAGCUCCGUCUCCAUUAUGGUGGCCAACAUCCUGAGACUGUUCAAGAUCCCUCAGAUCAGCUACGCCUCCACAGCCCCGGAGCUGAGUGACAACACACGCUAUGACUUCUUCUCACGGGUGGUGCCUCCAGACUCCUAUCAGGCACAGGCCAUGCUGGACAUCGUCACGGCGAUGGGCUGGAACUACGUCUCCACGCUGGCCUCUGAAGGCAACUAUGGCGAGAGCGGUGUGGAGGCCUUCAUUCAGAUCUCCAGAGAAAUGGGUGGGGUGUGUAUUGCUCAGUCGCUAAAGAUUCCAAGGGAACCUAGACAAGGGGAAUUCGACAAGAUAAUUGCACGUUUGCUGGAGACGCCCAACGCACGAGCAGUCAUAAUGUUUGCAAACGAAGAUGACAUCAGACGAGUGCUGAAUGCUGCCAAACGAAGCAACCAGACAGGACACUUCCUGUGGGUGGGCUCAGACAGCUGGGGCUCAAAGAUCUCGCCGGUGGUACAGCAGGAGCUGGUGGCUGAGGGAGCCAUCACCAUCCUACCCAAGCGAGCCUCGGUGGAUGCCUUUGACCGAUACUUCCGAAGCCGAUCUCUCUCGAACAACAGGAGGAACGUCUGGUUUGCCGAAUUUUGGGAAGAAAACUUCAACUGCAAGCUGGGGAUGCAUGGAAAGAGGCCUGGAAGCCCGAAAAAGUGCACAGGGCUGGAGAAGGUGGGUCGGGACUCCAGUUAUGAGCAGGAGGGGAAGGUUCAGUUUGUGAUGGACGCGGUAUACGCGAUGGCGCACGCCCUGCACAGCCUGCACGGGGCUGUGUGCUUGGGCUCGCCCGGCCUCUGCGCCCGCAUGGCCACCGUCAACGGCAAGGAACUGCUCGACUACAUCCGCAAGGUCAAGUUUAAUGGAAGUGCAGGGACUCCUGUCUCCUUCAAUCAGAACGGGGACGCUCCCGGACGCUAUGACAUAUUCCAGUACCAGAUAACCAACAGGUCCACAGCAGAAUACAAAGUGAUUGGUUCCUGGACCAACAAGUUACACCUUGAUGUGAACAGGAUGUGCUGGCGUCUGGGCGACACCGCGCUGCCCGAGUCCGUGUGUAGCGUGCCCUGCCGGGCAGGCGAGCGGAAGAAGGUGGUGAAAGGCGUGCCAUGCUGCUGGCACUGCGAACGCUGCGAGGGCUACCACUACCAGGCAGGCGAGUUCACCUGCCAGCUGUGCCCAUACGAGCAGCGUCCUGCCCGCAACCGCACCGGCUGCCAGCCGAUCCCCAUAAUCAAGCUGGAGUGGCACUCGCCCUGGGCUGCCGUGCCCGUUCUCCUGGCACUGCUGGGCAUCGUGGCCACCAGCGGCGUAGUGAUCACCUUCGUGCGGUACAACGACACGCCCAUCGUGCGGGCGUCCGGACGGGAAAUGAGCUACGUGUUGCUGACGGGCAUCUUCCUGUGCUAUGCCAUCACCUUCCUGAUGAUCGCCACGCCCACCCUGGUGGUGUGCUCUCUCCGCCGCGUCUUCCUGGGUCUCGGCAUGUGCUUCAGCUACGCUGCGCUGCUCACCAAGACCAACCGCAUCCACCGCAUCUUCGAGCAGGGCAAGAAGUCAGUGGCAGCCCCGCGCUUCAUUAGCCCCGCCUCCCAGUUGGCCAUCACCUUCACCCUGAUCUCCGUGCAGCUGCUGGGCGUGUUCGUGUGGUUCGCCGCGGACCCGCCGCACACCGUGGUGGACUAUGGCGAGCAGCGGACCCCUGACCCGGACAGGGCACGUGGCGUGCUCAAGUGCGACAUCUCGGACCUCUCGCUCAUCUGCUCCCUGGGAUACAGCAUUCUCUUGAUGGUUACAUGCACUGUUUACGCCAUCAAGACCCGGGGCGUGCCAGAGACCUUCAACGAGGCCAAGCCCAUUGGCUUCACCAUGUACACCACCUGUAUCAUAUGGUUAGCUUUCAUACCCAUCUUCUUUGGCACUGCCCAGUCAGCAGAGCGGAUGUACAUCCAAACCACCACGCUUACUGUUUCUCUAAGUCUCAGUGCGUCUGUGUCUCUGGGGAUGCUGUACAUGCCGAAGGUUUACGUCAUCAUCUUCCACCCGGAGCAGAACGUUCCCAAACGCAAGCGUAGCUUCAAGGCCAUCGUCACAGCCGCCGCCAUGUCAGGCAAACUCACGCAGAAAGGAGGCGAUCGGCCCAACGGAGAGGCCAAGACCGAGCUCUGCGAAAGCAUGGAGACCAACACGGUGUCCUCCACCAAGACGACUUAUGUCAGCUACAGCAAUCAUGCCAUCUGAGGUGGGACAGUGUCCAGGACGGAGCCUGUCCAAUCCAGGACAUGUCAUGUCAGGCUGACUGGCAGCUGGACCCACCACAGGCAAAUCAGCAUGAGACAUUUUCUACCAUCGUGUAUCAGAACUGCAGCAAAGCAGGAGACUGAAUUACAGCACAGCCUGCACACAUACACACACACGCACGCACACAAACACACACACGCGCACACACACACGCACGCAC